AUGACUACUGAGCACAUAGUUGCAGGGCUUUUGAAUGCCCUCACAGCGGCACUUUCUGGACAUGAUGGACUCAAAACUAAGCAAGUGAAUCAUGUAUGGAGUGGGGCCCACUCAACCACCCCAAUCAAGGGAGAAGACAUCCCCUGCAAACCUGACAUUGUUAUGUCAGAUGAACCAAACCCUGGGUGGGGAGGCAUCAAGGUUGUCAUUGAAAUAAUGAGCAACAAGUACCAGCCAGGGAAGUGUGCUGUGAAAUCCCUUGAUACCAAGGUGUAUAUCAUCUUGAAGCACCAGCCCUGGAGGUGCUUCACUCUCAUGCUAUCUUUAUGCAACCACUAUUGUGAACUUUGUGUCCAUGUAUAUGACCACUCUGGUUCUGCCAUAUCCCCUCCAUUUCAUAUCAGCUGGCAGAAGAACAAAUUUCUGCAGAUCCUCUCAUUGAUUGUCUUCAGCAAUGGCAAGUGCAUUGGUUUCAAUAUGAUGAUGAAUUUUCAACAGCUCAAACUCCCUGUGUUAUUCUGUCAUUCCAUUCCUCCUAGGAGAUUGUGUCUUCAGAAAAAGAGGGACACUCACAGUGAAUCUGGUACACAGGCUAAGACAGGAGAUGCAGCAUCAGGCAAGCAGUCAGAUGAUGAAGAGUACACCAUCAAGGACCACUGGGUCCUUGGGAAUGCAGAUGAUGAAGAUAUCUUAAAUGAGGUUGCUAUGUUGAAGGCAAUGCAGGGUGUUCAUGGUGCCCCAGAACUCGUAGAAUUCAGCAAGGUUAAGCUGUUGACUGCUAUAUGCAACAUUGUGGCCAUGAUUGUUACCCCAGUUCAACAGGAAGUGCAUCAACAGGGUAUCUUGCAUCAUGAUUGCAGCCUCCACAAUGCAAUGAUCAAGGAUGCUGACGGUAAUAGCCUUGGAAUGUUGAUUGACUGGGAAUUCACUGUGACUAUCACACCAGAGAAUACAUACACUAUCGGUGGAACAGGCACAAUUCUGUUCAUGUUGUGGCAGCUCCUGCAGCAAGUGAAAAAGUUCUUGGUCUCCAACACUGCAAAAAAAGGGGUGUUGUCAUCAUCACCUUUGGCAAUAAAAUUUGUCAAGCAAGACUAUUUGGAUGAUCUUGAAUCACUAUUUUAUGUCUUUUCUUGGAUCUGCAUCAAGUACAGCAGCCCUCUUGGUGUAGAAUGCCAUUUGAACCCUUCAAAAGUAUGGCUUCUGCAUGUGUGGAGCAACUGGAAUAUUGUGGGAUGCUUUGAGAACAAGGUUGCAUUCUACACAGGGGGUGAGGGUGAAGCUGCACUCCAAGUGCAGUUUGAUGACUACUUCCAGGAUCUUAUUCCCCUCACACUGGAGUGGAUGGACCUCCUGAGGCUCAAUUUUCCAGUUCAGAUUGGCAGUGUUGACAGCCAGAUCCUGGACAAACACAUCACUGGACUUCUUAAGGGCGAGCCUGAGCUGGGCCCUGAACGGUUGCUCCACAAGAGGUUGGUAGAUAAGCAUAAGCAGGAUGUGCAUGCAUCAGGACAGAUCAUGAAGGAAAUGGACUGCACCACAGUGAAGAAGUGCGGUCUGAAUGACAAGUGGACUGUCAAACCUUAUUCAUUACAUGUUUUACCCCUUCUUGCCAUCAACUCAGAAGUAGUGACUCAUCGCAGCUGUUCCCAUGACUUUGGGAACAUCCUGGCUAUCUCAAUCAUGCCUCCUCAUCCCCAAGCUACAUCUAGCCCCAAAAGAAUGAAGGCAAAGCGCAAAGUUGCAGAAUCUGGUAUCCUAGCACUCACUGGGCAAGGAAAGAAGGUGCAGACAGCAGAUGAAGUUGGUUUGGUGUCGCUGCAGCUACCUUCCAAUGUCAAUGCUCCCCCCAUUUGCCAUUCUGGUCAUCCUGGUACAGGUACAGGAGGAAGGAAUGCUCAACUAGAGAAAGCUGGUGCAGCUCUGAAUCACACUGAAAGGGCUGUGGCAGCCAUCCACAGCAUCUCAAACAGUACAGGCUCUACCAUCAUGAGUUCCUAUCAGAAGGGGGAAAAAGCCAAGACAUCUUCUGUCCCUGACCUGCAAGCUGAACCGGACAUCACCUGUGGCAAGUCAAGCCAUCAAUCAUUGCAACUGGGUUUAUUACUCUGCGAAAUGGGUGGACACUUCAGAUUUCAAACACCUCAAGGCAGCCCACCAAUUGUACCACCUGGAACAGAGCCAGAUCUGCAAGCACUGAACAAUUCUUAUGUAGUGAUCAUGAUAGCCAAGAAAGACACUAAGUAUUGUGCCUGCAGCGCUGUUCAAAGCCUUGCUAGAGGCCAUCAGUCUUCUAUGCCACCUUCAGCUACCUUAGACCUACUUUCACACCCUUUGUCCACUGCAUGCAUUGUUCUGACUCUUUCCAAAGACUAUUUGGACCUGUCCCUACGAACAGUCAGCUCUGAACCUGGGACUAACCAUUCAUUGCAACAAUCCAAUUCCAAUGAUUUGGAUAUGUCAGGCUCUGGUGAAAGUAGUGCGGGUGGUGAAGACAAUGACAAUUCUAUUAAUGGUGAUAAUGCUGGUGAAAGGGAGUUUGGUUGGGCUGAGGUUGGUUUUUCUUGGGAACCAGAACCUUCCCUGGUCCAUGUUACUUCCACUCUUGCUCCCGACUUUGACUUUCAAUACUCCUGCGACAAAGAUGACAUGAACACCAAGCAAACAUUAGCUUUUGACAAACCAUCAAGUAAUGAGAUUGCCUUGGAGGGUGCUCAAUGUGUCCCUGAAGUCUCUGAACUUGAACUUGGUGGUUCUCAGGAACCUGAUGGCUCUCAGGAUCCAAAGAAUGACAAGGGUCCAGUCAACACACAGCAACCAGCUAAAGCCAAAUGUUCACCUGAUGGGCCAAAGCCUACAUAG